UGCUAGACUUAGGUCUUUUAUAAUGAAAUUUAAAUCUCUUUGGCUCCAUUGUAUCGAUGUCAAACGAUCUCUCUCUCUCUACUUGUCCCCACCCUUCGUCAUACCUCACAUCACCAUAUUCGAUCGACGGCCUGAUGUGAUACUCUAUACCCUCUACCAAGCUUGCUAGGAGCUUUAUCUUAGAAGCCUUUGCCUUAUAUUCCGCCCACCUGCCCUCACCGACUUUCACAACUACUCCGUUCGUGACUCACUCAUUACAUUUCAACUCCUCAUGGUUCAGACUCUCCCUGGAAUCAACCUCUUCAACCAAUCACCUCACACUUAGCUGUGCACUUCUUAUUGAGGCCGCUCGCCCCUUCUGAAUCUUCCUUGCUACUCAAGUCUACCUGACUACCACCUCAGUUGAACACUAUCAUCAUGUCGACCAACAACCACGACAACCCUAUGACUAGAUUCCUGUUUGCUAUCUUGAGCCAGAAGAAUCUCAAGGAUAUCGACUGGAACAAGGUCGCUCAUGACCCGGUCUUGAACCAGGAGAUCACCAACGGCCACGCCGCUCGAAUGAGAUAUUCGCGCUUCAGGAGCGCCAUGUUGGGCCUCGAGCCCACCCGGCGUAACCGGACGGGAACGCCCAAGUCUCGGGUUACAAAGGCGAAGAAGGGAUUGAGAGGGAAGAAGACCGAAGGUAUUAAGUCGGAGCCAACCUCCGAAUCUCCCAUGCCGCAAGGGUCGUCCGUCUCGCCCCCUCCUCCCUCGAUUGUCAAGCAAGAAAGCUCACCAUACAGCUUUGAGAGCCGGCUUUCCCCACGUCUCACGCCGGGCCCGGGUCAAAUACCUGUUGCACCAACUAUGGCAAACACUCCUACUGUGAUCCAGCCCCGGCUGCUCACGCCCAGCAGCGACAUGGACAUGUUUUCUCCUUCCCCCGGUCUGACCCCCAGUCCCACCACAGGCGAGUUACUCAAUCCCUCCAACUCUUUCGACUUCCGAAGCUCGCCAUGCCCCGAUACCGAAGCGGCGUGGGCUCACGCCCCACCAUAUACCACUUUUGCCGCCGCGGCUUACACCUACGAUGACUACGGCUCUUACGACCAUCCUCACAUGCACCACCAUGCGCAACUGCCACUCGGGAUGUCGCACCACAGCAUCGAAUCUGAUGCUGAUUACGUGAAUGUGAAGCGUGAGGAUUGGGACCAGUACUCCUGAUCGCACGCAAAAGCAUGUGGGUCGGGCGAGUUACUUUCUUCAAUAUCACGUCCUUGUGGUUAUUUUCUAGGCUUUGGACUCUGGGCUCGU